GAAAAGUUAGAAAAAAGAGCACAGACCGAAGACUUUACCAUCCUCUCUCUCUCUCUCUCUCUCGCGUAGACUUGUACAAGAUCUCUCCUUUGUAGUUUUCUCUGUCCUUCCUUAGCCGCCUUAUAAAAAAACAGACUGUCUGAUCCUUGUCUAUUUUCUCUCAAAUCUCGGAUUGUUUAUUGAUUAAUCCGAGAAAGGUUGCGAGCCCUGAAACAUAUUCGCUGAAGUGCUUCCACUUUGUUUGUUUGCUAAGAUCAGAAGAGUUGAAAAUUUUAUUCAUUUUGUGAUCGUUGGAUCAGGUAGUUCAGUUGCUGGAGAUCAAUUUUCCGGUGUUGAUUGUGGGUAGUCUGUGUUUCAUUUACUUUGUUCUGGGCUGAGAGAAAGCUCUUUGUUUCAGUCAUUGGGUUUAAUCAUUGAGGUUCCUUCGGGUCCUGUGAAUUUUGGUCAGACACCCGUCAGAGCCGGUAGGUGAGUAAAGGGGAAAAAAAGACGAUUGACUGGUAGAUGAGAAAGCAAAAGACCAGAGAAGAAGGAAGCCCUAAAACAUUGUCUCCAAAACCUUCUUUCGAAAUCUGAGAUAAAUACCUCGAGUGUUUUUUUCAAUUUUGUCCUUUAUCCCGUGGAUCAUCAGUUCCAGAGAGAGAGAGAGAGAGAGAGGGAAAAAAAAAAAAAAAAAACUAGCAAAAAAUUUCUCAGUAUCCAUGCAGGUCGACUUAGAUAAUUCCUCUAUUGUUUCCGGAGAAGCCAGCGUGUCUUCAUCUGGAAAUCAGAGUACUCAACCUCCGAAGCCCAGUGCUAAGAAAAAGCGAAACCUUCCUGGAAUGCCCGAUCCAGACGCGGAGGUGAUUGCUCUGUCUCCGAAGACCCUGUUGGCCACGAACCGAUUUGUGUGCGAAAUUUGCAACAAAGGGUUUCAGAGGGAUCAAAAUCUGCAGCUCCAUCGGCGAGGACACAACCUUCCGUGGAAGCUCCGGCAGAGGUCGAGUAAGGAGGUGAAGAAGAGGGUUUAUGUAUGUCCCGAACCGUCGUGCGUGCAUCACAACCCGUCGCGAGCUCUGGGCGAUCUCACAGGGAUUAAGAAGCAUUUCUGUCGUAAACACGGUGAGAAGAAGUGGAAAUGCGAUAAGUGCUCGAAGAAAUACGCGGUGCAGUCCGAUUGGAAAGCCCAUUCCAAGAUUUGUGGCACUAGGGAGUACAAAUGCGAUUGCGGGACUUUGUUUUCGAGGAGGGAUAGCUUUAUCACCCAUCGGGCGUUCUGCGAUGCGUUGGCAGAGGAGAGCGCCAGAGCUCAGACUCAGACUCCGGCAUUAGUGAAUCCAAAUUCGGAGCCAGACCCAAAUACUCAGCCAGUUGAUUCAUCUCCGCCAGCGCCAGCUCCACCUCCAGCUCCAUCUCCACCUCCAGCUCCAUCUCCAUCUCCAUCUCCGCCAGCUCCGCCACGGACAACUCGUCUGAUAUCCCCUGUUUUAUCGAACAAGAGUCCUGAGUUGCCGGAAAAGCCCCCGCGUAUAGUAGAAGCACCGGUCACGACAGGCUUGAUUGGGAACUGUAGCAGCACCACAAGCUCGAGCAGCAAUGGCAAUACAAGUUGUAGUGUAUUCGCAAGCUUAUUUGCUUCCUCAACUGCAUCAGCAAGCUUGCAAAAUCCUCAACCUCCUGUCUUUACAGACCUAAUACGUGCUAUGGCACGUCCUGAUCCCCCAACAGACAUGACACGGCCUUCCUCUACAGAAACCAUUUCUCUCUGCCUCGCCACCAAUCAUGGGUCAUCGUUGUUUGGGACUGCUGGGCAAGAGCGUCGGCAAUAUGCACCUCCAUCACAACCAGCCAUGUCUGCCACCGCACUCCUACAGAAAGCCGCUCAAAUGGGGGCUGCCGCAACAAAUGCAUCGUUGCUUCGUGGGUUUGGUAUAGUUUCUUCAUCAUCGUCAUCUGGGCAGCAAGAUGGUUUGCACUGGAGUCAGCGGCAAGUAGAGACGGAGAAGAGUUCCUCAGUUCCUGCGGGACUUGGACUUGGGCAUUGUGAUGGUAGCUCAGGAUUGAAAGAAUUGAUGAUGGGAACUCCUUCAAUGUUUGGUCCUAAGCAAACUACCCUCGAUUUUCUGGGGUUGGGAAUGGCCGCUGGUGGAGGCAGCCCCAGCAGUGGCCUGUCGGCUUUAAUCACAUCUAUUGGCGGUGGCCUCGAUGUGGCCACAGCAACGGCGGCAGCAGCAGCAUCCUAUGGAGGCGCAGAGUUCUCCUCCAAAGACAUUGGAAGGAGGAGCUCAUGACCCAUUUGAAAGGGAGUGUUACAAUGUAUUUCUCUGCUGAUAUGGAGAAAGGAUACUACUACAUGUUAAGAGUGCCCAUCCGGUCUUGGGCAAUUUGAUAUUUUGCCCUUAGGAAGGCUCAAGCAUUUGGGCCACCGGCAGUUGGGGUAUUUUUUACUGUUCUGCUGCCUUUAGAGUGGAGACUGCAGACUCGUGGAUGAGCUAGACGAUGGCAGGAGACCCUUGAUUUCCUCGGA